GAUGUUUUGCGGCUCAACACGGGCGGAAUAUUGGCCUCAAAACGUAGAAUUCGUUGACCGGAGUGCUGUUCUUUGGUGUCUGGAUAUGGGCGGUUGACGAUUCCAAGUGGCCUCAUGGCAGAAGAAUCUCUUAUCAGCAAGGUCCAGAAUCUGAGCGACCUCGAACUUGCAGCCCUGAUCUGCCUCGUCACACAAGAGCAUUGCAUUAUCGACACGGAGCCCGAUAUCCUAGAUGACUUGGUUCAAGAAUUGGAGCUGGUUGCGACCAAGGUCUUUGGCCUCUCACAUGCGGUGAUCGAUUGUUCGGAACAGACCUCACUUGACGAUUUCGCGCAUGCUAUUCUGAGCGUAGAAAGCAGCCCUACUCGAUUGAACUCUCCUAUAAGGACCCGGCAAGAUUCCUACUUCCUUAGCAAGCCUACAUUCACGUCGAAUACUCGUUCGCCUGUAUCGGAGACCUUCACGGAGAAUAGGACAAUUGCGAAUGUUAUUAUUGCUAAGAAUCUCGACGAGGCACCGAAGCAAGUUCAAAUACAAGCUUUAGAAUUGAUGAGGACAAAGCGAAUAUUCACAAGAACUUCAGUCCAAAAUGCCCCCAAGCGCUUCCUGUUUAUAGCACUGCUUGCUGGUGGAGAAGGUCCAAGGUUGACGAUGCAUCUCAAUGAUUACAUGUUCAUAUCACACUUUCAUGAUCCAGAGGACGGCUUUCCACAUUUGGAAGAAGUGUAUGACGAUGGGAAAUCCAUAUCUUCUAUUGUGAAGAAGAAUCCAUUGAGAGAUUCUGCGGAUGUCCUGUGGCCGAGGAUAUCAGCUACAGAGAUUGAGCAUUUGGCACAACUCAGCAAACAUGCUACAGUCAGUGUAGAAGUGAAGCAAUACCAGCAGAACAUUAUAUCCUUCCUCAGGAUUCAUCGAGCAGUGGCAGGUGGAAUCUCUGCUAUUGCAACAAAGCAUUUCGACAAGCUGGUCAGAUGCCUCGCUCCUCUGCAUGAUUUAUCGUAUGCUACGCCAUCGCUCAUUGCUCUGGCUGCUAGAAAGAUAUACCUGCAUCGAAUUCGCAUCGUGAAACCUGAAAAGGAACGAAGCAUGCAGUGGGGAAGUGAUUUAGAAGCUAUUAAGACGUUACUGGAUGGCUUGGGCGCGGAAGAUGUCAUUGAGGAUGUGUUAGGUAGUACUGGUGCAGAAGCACCCUUGUGAAGACAGAAAUGAUACCCCAAUUAUGCCACCUGAUUCCAAAUGAAGUACCACGAAUAAAUAGGUACCCAUGUAUCUCGUGGAUUAAGUCACAAGGACACAAAAUAGUACAGAUACACCGAGGAGCAGGAAUAUUCACAGCCUCGGACUGGUCGCUCAGGAGAACG